GCGGCGGAGGGACCGGCACCGGAAGCGCUGGCGGCGGGCGGCGCGCGGCGGGGGCGGGGGAGCCGGCGGGCACGGCGGCCCCGGGCGCCCGGCCCAGCUCAGCCGCCGGCCCCCGAGCGCGCGGCCGGCCGAGCGGGGCAGGCAAAUGCGGAUAAAGCGAUGUCUGCCAACCUCAAGUACCUCUCCCUGGGGAUCCUGGUCUUCCAGACCACCAGCCUGGUCCUCACCAUGCGCUACUCCAGGACGCUCAAGGAGGAGGGGCCCCGCUACCUGUCCUCCACGGCCGUGGUCGUGGCUGAGAUCCUGAAGAUCAUGGCCUGCGUCUUACUGGUCUACAAAGACAGCCAGUGCAGCCUGCGGGCGCUGAACCGAGUCCUGCGUGACGAGAUCCUGAACAAGCCCAUGGAGACCAUGAAGCUGGCUGUCCCCUCCGGGAUCUACACGCUGCAGAACAACCUGCUCUACGUGGCGCUGUCCAACCUCGACGCGGCUACCUACCAGGUCACCUAUCAGCUGAAAAUUCUCACCACGGCGCUGUUCUCCGUGUCCAUGCUGAGCAAAAAGCUGGGUGUGUACCAGUGGCUCUCGCUGGUGAUCCUGAUGACCGGAGUGGCUUUUGUGCAGUGGCCCUCGGACGCCCAGGAGCCGGACGCGAAGGCGCUGUCGGCCGGCUCGCAGUUCGUGGGCCUCAUGGCCGUGCUCACGGCCUGCUUCUCCAGUGGCUUCGCCGGCGUGUACUUCGAGAAGAUCCUGAAGGAGACCAAGCAGUCGGUGUGGAUCAGGAACAUCCAGCUGGGUUUCUUCGGGAGCGUCUUCGGGCUGAUGGGCGUGUACGUGUACGACGGGGAGCUGGUGUCGCAGAACGGGUUCUUCCAGGGCUACAACCGGCUCACCUGGGCCGUGGUUGCUCUGCAGGCACUCGGAGGCCUUGUCAUAGCGGCUGUUAUAAAGUAUGCAGACAAUAUUCUAAAAGGAUUUGCAACUUCCCUGUCCAUAAUAUUGUCCACAUUGAUAUCCUACUUUUGGCUACAGGACUUUGUACCUACCAGUGUCUUCUUCCUGGGAGCCAUCCUCGUAAUCGCAGCGACUUUCCUGUACGGCUACGACCCCAAGCCUGCGGGCAGUACCACCCGAGCAUAGGGCUCAGUGCGUGGGCGGUGGGGACCCCCAGGACUGCUCAGACCCCAGAUCUCCGAGAUCACACUGCCCCCUGGCUGGGAAACAUGAACGUCCGGCCAACGUGUGUGUGUAUGUAACAGAGUGCCUACCGCAGCUGGAGAGCCAGGCUUGAGAGGACUGCCAGGGCUGGAGUCGCUGCAGGGGGCGGGGAUCUGAGGUCAGAGGCGCCUGCGUGUGGACCGCUGCAGGGUGGCCUGUGCUCUCUGCAGCGAGCGCCAGCGGUCACUUCUGCAGACAGCUCCUUCACUCCACUCGGUCUUUCUGCCCCUCGGACAGGCCAGCACGUCGGUGGAGAGUCAGUCCGACAAUGAUAACUGUUGCCAGCAGAGCUGUGAGGAAGUAGAAGGAUGGCCUGAGAAACACUUCCACGUACCCAAGAUUUCUAUAUUUGUGCAAAAAGAUUGGCAAACAAAAGAUCGCUAAGUGUCGUUCACCUACGUAAAAGCUGGUGAGGUGCCCUCUGGGUCUGGCUGGUCAGAGUGAGAUGCAGAGUCCACAUCCACAUUCCACGGAGAGAAACGCACAUUUCUCCACCCACCUGUCGGGUCUUCCAGCGCCUCGGAAGCAUCCCCGCUGCAUGCGGGUGGCCCUGGGCCCUUGGGUGCUAGCGGCUGGCCCUCACCCACCUGCUGCUUCUCCGUAAAUCACAUCAGUCGUUAGGAGUACUUUAACGGAAUUCCUGUGUGUUCCCUUAAAGUUUCAAUAUGUGAUUUAAAGGGAGUAAAUACUCACUUAUUAAUUUACAAUAAAAUAAUUCUUGUCUAGUAUCUCCAUUUGGAGACUUUUGAACUAUCAGUGCAUGAACUGUACACAUUAGGGUGUUUUUAAGAAGUAUUUUACUCAUGGAUAUGUAAACUCUACAACUGUUGUCAAAAACAACCACCAAAGUAGGUCUGACAUCAAGGAACUGAGACCAAAACAGCUUUCCUUGGAGACAUUCCAGGUUGCCAUGGUAUCACCUAUAAAUGGCGCUCUGACUUACACCAAGGCCACUCAGCGCUUCCCAGGCGCUCACACCCGUCCCGGGGGCUCUGAGUCUCCGGGGCCCUGAGCACCGGGAAGCCAGGAGGCAGGAAGCCAGGUGCUGGCUCCCGUUUGCUCAGCUCCACCGUGGAGCGGCAAAGUGCAGGAGUGAGUUACCCGGCGGCACAGGGAGAGACCGGGCGGAGGAGAUGAGGGGAGUGCUGGGCAAAUCCUCCUGAAGUUGGAUGUGGGUUUAUUUAUUGACGCCAGGAUUACCAGAGAGUAGAAUUAUUUUACUUUAUGCUUUUCAUCAGACUUAAUAUAUUUUUAAAGUUUCCUGU